AUGCUUUCAAUUGCUGCUCGUUCUAUCAAAUCAUCUACCAUCAAGUCGACUCUCCGUCCCUUGACCUCAAUCCGUACAAAGGUUACUUUGCCCGAGCUUCCUUACGAAUAUGAUGGUCUUGAGCCUUAUAUCAACACUGAGAUCAUGAAGCUUCAUCAUAGCAAGCAUCAUCAAGCUUAUGUUAACGGUUAUAAUCAAGCCGAAGAAAAGCUCUCUGGCGCUUUCCAAGCUAAUGACUUGACCCAACAACUUGCCCUUCAAGGUGCUCUCAAGUUCAACGGUGGUGGACAUAUCAAUCAUACUCUCUUCUGGCAAAACUUGACCCCCAAGGCCAACGGUGGUGGAUCUCUUCCCAAGGGUGCCUUAUCUUCUGCUAUUGCAAAGGAGUUUGGUUCAUUCGAUGAUUUCGUAAAGCAAUUUAAUGCUGCUGCUGCUGGUGUUCAAGGUUCUGGAUGGGCCUGGUUGGGUUAUAACAAGGCUUCCAAGCGCGUCGAAAUUGCUACCACCCCUAACCAAGAUCCUUUACUUCACUUGACUCCUCUUUUGGGUAUUGAUGUUUGGGAGCAUGCUUACUACUUGCAAUACAAGAACGUCCGUCCUGAUUACCUCAAGAACAUUUGGGAAGUUGUCAACUGGACUACAGUCGCUGAACGUUUUGCUAAGGCUUCUUAA